CCCUCCCGGCAGAGCUCGCGACAACUGCGCAGGCGCUGCCCGUACUUCCUUUUCCGAGUAACCGCCAAGAUGGCCGAAGUGGAGCAGAAGAAGAAGCGGACCUUCCGCAAGUUCACCUACCGUGGCGUAGACCUCGACCAACUGCUCGACAUGUCCUAUGAGCAGCUGAUGCAGCUGUACAGCGCCCGCCAGAGGCGGCGCCUGAACCGUGGUCUUCGGCGGAAGCAGCACUCACUGCUCAAGCGCUUGAGAAAGGCCAAGAAGGAGGCGCCACCCAUGGAGAAGCCCGAGGUGGUGAAGACACACCUGAGGGACAUGAUCAUCCUGCCCGAGAUGGUGGGUAGCAUGGUGGGUGUGUACAACGGCAAGACCUUCAACCAGGUGGAGAUCAAGCCAGAGAUGAUCGGCCACUACCUGGGCGAGUUCUCCAUCACCUACAAACCCGUGAAGCACGGCCGGCCCGGGAUCGGUGCCACCCACUCCUCCCGAUUCAUCCCCCUCAAGUAGCCGAGGCCAAUAAAGACUGGUUUUGGUCCCUGGA